AUGUGUAGCCCAGUGAAGCCAAUCCCAAGUAACAAGGAGCCACCUACUUUCUGCCCUUGUAUACCAAUCCAGGGCCCAAAAUGUUUCCCUUGUGAUUCGAUACCAAUUGAUCAACUACCAAAGACCGGCUCAGUCCCAUUACCCUUCCUGUGCGCCUUCGUACAACUAACAAAACAGGGGCUGCGGAUGCGCACCGCCGCCACCGUGUUGUGCUCGUCCUUGCUGUUCACCUUGCUGCGGAGGCGGAGGCUCCCUCGUCACAGUAUACAGUCAAGUAGCAAACAUCCAGUGACAGGCCAACUGCGCUUAACAGUAUUCAAUUCAGGUGGAGUGGAGGUUAUCACUCAGGAUUCAGGUGUUACGACAGAAGCGUGA